UGACAUAAAAAUGUGGUAAAUGAAUAGAAAGAGACAGAGACAUUAAAUCUGCUUUGCUAUAUUUUCUCGACAAAGUCUAUCCCCUCACUUUGUUAGCUCACACCUGCGCGAUUCCUUCUGCUGAAGAUUAAGGUAGUUGCUGUGAAACCCCAAAUUUCAUGGUUUCAUGUGUAAAGUACUAGAUUACUUGCGGGCAUUGGAAGUGUUUUUUAGGACUACUUUGGCCAUUCGCCCCGUUAUGAGGCCAAGAAUGCUACUUCAAUAGUUAUGGGGCCAAAAAUGCAGGGGUGUCAUCGUGGGGUCAAAUUGUUUGAAUGGCAAAAUCCAAGAAGAUGCGGUCGGAAGUUGGCUCCCGAUGCCAUGGUGCUACCCUGCAUAAGUUAUCAUCUGGGCGUAAGAAGGCUUGCGGAGACGCACACCAAGAAAAGCAACGACCGAGUGCAUCCGAAAAGAAAGAGUGGGACAACGCUGUAUGUUCCAUCUGCUUAGAGUCUCCUCACAAUGCGGUCCUCCUGCUUUGUUCCUCGUAUGAGAAGGGUUGCCGUCCCUACAUGUGUGCUACGAGCAACCGAUACUCCAACUGUCUCGAACAGUACAGUAAGGCCUCCACCAAGGUAACCUCAAACCUCGACACACAAUCUUGGGAAGGAUCAAUUGCUAGUUUUAAUUUGUUCGAAGAAUCCGGCUGUCCCAAUGCUAAGAGUGAAUUGUCCGAGCUUCUGUGCCCACUUUGUCGUUCAGAGGUGAAAGGUUGGACUGUUGUGGAGCCUGCUCGUCGGUACCUUAACUCCAAGAAACGAGCCUGCACGCAAGAGGAUUGCUCGUUCGCUGGAACCUACAAGGAGAUCAAGAAACACGUAAAGGUGGAGCACCCAAAGGCAUGCCCUCGGGAUAUAGAUCCUUCGCUUGUGGAGAAAUGGAAAAAGCUCGAGAGGGAGCAAGAUCUCAGCGACGUGUUCAGCACAAUCAGAGCUAAUAUGCCCGGGGCGGUCGUCCUUGGCGACUACGUGAUAGAGGGUAACCAUGGCAUCUCCGGUGGCGUUUACGACGACGAGGAUGGGUUCUUUGAGAACACAUUCUUCAGAUUUCCAACUCCCGAUGGCCGGUGGAGCGACUCUCCGUUCGCUCUAGAGGGCGACUACGACCCUCUCGACGAGGGGUACUUCCGCAGGCUACGCGUUAGGCUCGCCUCAAGAAGCACCGGCCGUAACAUCUCCCGGAUUGGCCGUCCCCAUGCCCGAUUCUUGUUCACGAGGCAGGCGAGGAGGUCGAGAGAACGCAGGUAACGUUCCUCUCGUGCUCCAAACUGGGACGUUUUGAGGUUGUUUUUGAAUUAUCUUGUGUGUACAGCUAUUCCUGGGGGGAGUUGCUUUAUGUUCUUGAGCAUAAAAUUUGACAAUUAUAUUUAUUAAGUCCAGAAAUAGUUAGCACAGGAUUUGUCUCACUCAUAAAAUAAGAAAUACUCAGCACAACUUUUUUUUAUCAAUGUUUGUGCUGUUUCUCUUAAUUAUUACAGUAGUCCAUUCUCUUUGGGCUGAUUUCUUGCA